GUCCCCCUAGGAGCAAGAGGAGAUGAAGAUUUAAAGUCCUCUUUUUAUAAUUUUUUAACAAGAUAUUUUUUCGCUGGGAGUCAAUUUGAAGAUGAACGUUUUAAGCAACCCGAUGCUUAGAACACCCCAGGAGCCCUGCUGUGGACCUGCCUCAAUGCAGGACCUGACUUCCUGCCCCUCUGCGUUCGGCACUCACAUCCACCCACCACCUGCGCUGGGCCUCCAGAGUGGUUCCAGGGGGUGCUCCUCCAAGGCGGCGCGGGAACUGAGCGCCGAGGAGCAGCAGGAGUUGAGGAGGAAGAUCAAUAGCCGCGAGAGAAAGCGGAUGCAGGACCUCAACGUGGCCAUGGAUGCCCUGAGGGAGGUAAUGGUCCCCUACGCCUCCUCCGCCCCCGCCUCGGUCCCCCCCCACCCUGCAGGCGCCCCUCCCGGACGCCGGCUCUCCAAGAUCUCCACACUGGUGUUGGCGCGGAACUACAUCCUGCUGCUGGGCUCGUCCUUGCAGGAGAUGCGGCGGCUGCUGGGCGAGCUGAGCGUGGGUGCGGGGCCCGGCCCCCGGCUGCUGCUGACAGGGGGCUGGCCCUUAAUCUCGGCCCCCGGUCAGCUCCUCCUCACCCAGGAGUCCUUCCUGACCUCGGCCACCUCUCCGCCCUCGUCCUCUUCCUCACCCAUCGCCCUCAAGUGUCCCUUGCUGUCUCCCGGUCCCAUGGAGGCCCCGCUUACACCCAUGCAGUGGGGCCUGGGGCCACCCUCGGGGCUGCCUUUGUGCCCCUGCGGCAUGUGCAGACUUCCCAGGUUCGGCCACCCGGCCCCACCUCCCAGAUUCCCAAAGUGACACCUGGAAGGUGACUGACAUUGCUGGUGAUGUUUCAUGAAGAACAAGAAUCAAUAAAUGAAGAAAUGGAUGAAUUUGGUACUAUUGUGAUGAAAUAAAGAUGACUUAGCCUGCUAAUGCUAGUUGAUGCUAACAAAGAUGCUAACUAUGGAGGUAAAAAUUUUGGAUGAGCUAACAAACAAACAGGCGUUGUCUUUGGUCUGCGCCAACCAGACGUCCACCCAUCUCUUGCCGCUC